ACUGUCGUUGUUCCGUAGAAGAAGCUGGAAUUAUGCACUGUCGAUGCUGGACCUUCGAUUCAGCUUUUGUCUCACAUAAAUUUUGUUUUUGAGCGCCGCAGCUCUUCAAAAGUGCUCCCCUUUUCUCAGUCUCAGCUUUUUUUGGGGGUCUGUAACUGCUCGGUGGUGGCCUCUCUUUUCUUGCCUCUCCCUUUCUUUUCUGUGGUGAAGUUUAAAUUCCCGCUUUGAUCGCAUUUUUUAACGGAUCUGACGGCUUCUGAUGAUUACCGACAGUUUCUCCUUUUUUGGCCUCUCCUUCCUAUAUAUAUUUUUCCUUCGCUUUUACUUUUCUGCUCCGUUCACUGUCACUGAUGCAGCGAAGCUUGAUAGAACAUGUCCUGAUUUCAGCUUGUGUAGGCCAGAAGCCUAGUCUUCUUCUUUUCCCUUGCUCUAAACAGAUCGCUAAUUGUGUUCGUGUUUUGUUCUGGGUUUGCCAGCAGAGUCCACCCAACUAUGAUGAAUUAGACACCCCGUACAUAAUGGCGACGGAAGUCAAUCAAACUUAUUUUUCAUGGUCACAAGGAGGGUCAACUGAACGGGAUGGUCCUCAAGGAGUAUCUGUAUCUCAGACACUUGAUCAUGGUUCCAUUUCCUUCGGAAGAUUUGAGUUAGAGUCACUAUCGUGGGAGAAGUGGUCCGUAUUUACUAAUGACAGACGCAAUGAAGAAUUUGGAAAAUUCAAUGGUUUAGUCGCUCAGAAAAAGGCUUAUUUUGAAGAGUAUUACAAGAAGAUCAGGGAACUAAAGGCUUCACAGCAGCAAAACCAGCAAACUGAACUUAUUCUGGAAUACAGUGGUGAUGGUAGCGACUCUAGCCAGACAGCAGAAGAUGAGCAGGGUGCUGAUCUUGAAACUCCCACUGGAUCUGGAGCUGCUGUGGAUGUUUAUGUGGAAGAAGCUCUGCAUGAAACUAUGUCAGAGCACGGACUGCAGUGCUAUGAUGACCAAGGAAACGAAAACUUCGAUACAGAAUUUUCCUCAUCUAAUCUUUCUUCAUCAGGUGUUCUGCAGCAAACUGAUGUUAGAGGAGCUGUUCGUGGUAGCAGUUCUACCAGUAAAAUGGAUGCAGGGAAGAAGAAUGCUGGUUCUGUUCAUGGUGAUACUAGAACCACAUAUGAAGCUGCAAGGACUCCUAGAAGAAUUAUUGAGAAAGACUCCAGGCUCAGACACAGUCCCAAGAUAAUACCCAAAUCCAUCAAAACCCUUUCAAAAAGUGCUAUGGACUACACUAGUGAGAGGCCUGGUUCAAUGAAGCCCAAUACAAGUAUGAACCAGAAGGCUAAGCUGGUGCAAAGGUCAAGUGCAGCAGCCCAGAAGAUGUGUGGCCCUACAGAAGGGAGCAAGCAUACAGGUCUCAGAAGACCUUCCUCAGCAGGUGCGCGACGGCCCUCUACUGGAGACCGACAUGCAAUUGCCAAGGAGAAUUCACAAUUGCCUGCAGUUGUUUCCACCCCACGACGACCUUCCACUGCUGAGAGACGCCCAGUCACCCGAGAUCGUGCACAGAAGGAAGCCAAUGUCACCACACCACGUCGACCUUCUACUUCUGAAAGACUCCCCGUCAAAAGAGAAAAUGCAGCGAAGCAUAAUGAUAUUUCCGCUGUACGUCGACCCUCUACAGGAGAGAGGCGUGCUAUUACUAGAGAUAGUGUUGUGAGAACGGAUGUGAAGACGCCUAGUAAGGCAAGAGCAACUGUGGCUCAUCCGAAGGGUGAAACAACUACAGUGGGUAAUACGAAAAAGGCUGUCACUCCCAAUGCUGCUAGAAGUGGCAAGCUGGAAACAAAAAGCAAUAACAACAGACUGAAGGGACCUUCAGUAUUGGACAGCCAUUCUACUAGGUCAAAAAGAAUGGACUUGCAAGCAUCUGGCAAGCAGAAAUCGAGUUCUGUUAACCUUCCUCCAAGGAAAAUUUUCAGUUCUACUGCCGGAGAACCAGCAGUUGAAACCAUUUCUAGGUCAAAAAAGAAAGAGGGCGUUCAGGCGACAGUGCAAUCUCGAGCAUCCACUUCAAAGAGAACAACUCCUUUGCAGACUGGAAACUUAAAGGCGAGGGCUCCAAAUCCACCAGCACCGCCUGCGCCACCUCCACCACGUCGGACAUCACGAAUGAUAAGCAAACCAACUGGUGCCUCAUCGAUUGUCGGAAGAAAGCCAAAGGCUUCAGCACCACAAUGGCACUGAUGCAGUGUAGAGCAGGAAAAGCCGUUCAGUCUAGUGGCCUGCAGAACAUGAUGGAUCUGAGCGACGUCAUUACUUGCCUUCCUUUGUAUGGUGUACCUCAGUAUCUGUAAAAAAUCUCAGUACCUCCGUUGGCCCGUCUCUUCCGUCUCUUCCUUUGCAGAGCAGCUAGUCCCGAAGUGUAGUCUAGUGUAUGUAGUCGCGCGUAUCAUAUCCACCGGUGCCUAGUUUCGUUGUCCACAAGGAACUUAGAACAGUGUAAAUACCUGGAAAUAAAUUCGCGGUUUAGCUAAAGUAAGUUUCAGCCCAAAAUUUGUGAACAUCUAUGUAUGUCAUUAGCAAUGGAAGCCCUCUUUUCUCUUUCUUAGUUCUUUUUUUUUUGUCGGAUUCUUCUUUUUUUUGUUGUUGAAAGGGUUAUUGGCAACCUUUUGAUUCUAAGAUGAA